UACUCUUCAUUGAAUAUCUCAAAAUAAAAUGAUUUUUAUAUUUCACUAUUCCCAUAUUAGUGGAUAGUAUAUUUUAGUGUUUGUCGGAGCGGUCACACUGCCCUAUAAUAGUCUUGUUUUUGUUUUGCUUUUAUAAAUUCGCAAUUAAAAUGAACUCGAGCUUCCAGGACUUGUACAAGAAGGGUCUGGAUAUGGGCGAGCAGCAGAAGCAGCGCCAGAAGGAUCUCCUGAAGCAGCAGAAGUUGCGCCGCCAGCAGGAACAGGAUGACUCCCGCCCACUGCAGAAGCCCGGCGAAAAACCGCCAAAGAAGAAGAAGAACUGGAAACGUGCUGGCCACCAGAAAGGAAUCCCCUACAGGCCACAACUUUCCGAGUGGCUGCGUCAUAAGCCCGAGGAUCUCGGCGAUUGGCUGCUGGUGCCUUGCCCAGUGGGAAAACGAUGCCUCGUGGUGGCCAGCAAGGGGAUCACAAAAGCCUACUCCAAAGGCGGCUGGAUGUUCAUGGAUCUGCGAACCUCUCUGCCCGGCGAUUGGCAGCUCCAAAAGGGCCAGACCAUUCUUGACUGCGUUUACGUGGAGGAUAUGGACACCUUCUACGUCCUGGAUGCCAUUUCAUUUGGCCAGCAGGAUUUGCAGAACUGCGAGGCAUCCUUUCGCUUCUAUUGGCUGCGCGCCCGCUUCGAGGAGAAUGAUUUUUCCAAACUGAGCGAACACAACGAGAAGCCCUUCGUCCUCCUGGAUCACUACGACUUCGAGGACACCUCUUCCGUGGAGCAGGUCCUGCACAAGUAUCCUGUUUUCCCGGAGAACAAGCCACCCCUAGAUGGUUUCCUGUUUUACCACAAAGAAGCCAGCUAUGUGUGCCAAGUAACCCCCCUAGUGUGCUGGCUAUUUCCCUUUAUGAUGAUGGAUGUUCUUGGCUUGCCUGUAAGCACUAGUUAUGUGGCUCCCGAGGGUUACCAACCCAGUCAGGCUCUACAAUACAUGGAUGAGUUUGACCGCAAACUGGCAGAGCAUAGGAUCCUACUUAAGGAGCAGAAAAAGGCAGUUAAAGUAAAGGAGCAGCCUGAAGCAACCAUGGAGGCAGAGGAGGAAGCCGACAGCGAUGAGUACGCCAGCCUGAAGGGAGUUCUCGAUCAGCAGAGGCGUCUGGAGCUCGGUGAAUUCGACAUGGACUGUGCGGAGCCACCAGCAGCUGAUGUCUGCUAGGC